GACAUCGUGGUGGACAACUGCGCCAUCUGCAGGAACCACAUCAUGGAUCUUUGUCUUGACUGUCAAGCAAACCAGGUGUCGGCCACCAGCCAGGAGUGCAACGCUGCGUGGGGUAUCUGCAACCAUGCGUUCCACUUUCAUUGCAUCUCUCGUUGGCUGAAGACGAGAAAUGUCUGUCCCUUGGACAACCGGAGUGGGAGUUGCAAAAGUAAGUGA